CCAGCUGUAUCAUGUUUGAUAAAUAAAUAAAUUUGAUAAAUAAAUCUAUAACUGGACUACUCCACUUCAAAAUUAUAUUGUGGCACUAUGGUUGUUGAGCCAUAAGCAUGAUGUUUCGUCUGCUAAUAUUCUGCUUUUUAAUUUUUGUACUGGUCUAUUGGAUAUUGCCAGCGGGCAUUAGCUGGUAUUUGGUUAAGCGAUUUCGGGUCAGAGUACGAAUCGGGCGCAUUACGUUUCCCUACUUGUCACUCAAGAAUGUUAACAUCCAGAAGAGUGGAUUCGGUGUGCAAAUCGAGGAGGUAUGUCUUCGCAGCAGUUUCUUCACAACCGAGGUGACCAAGCUCCUGUCCAUCUACAUCCGUGACAUACGCAUCAACAAGGACAUACCGAGACGCCACUAUGAGGGCAGCGUUGAUUUCGUUGAGACCCUCAAGGCGAAUAGGGAUAAGGAGGGCGCGGCCAAGGGCGUGCCUGAUUUUCGAGAGUCCAAGGUUCCAGCCAGUAUCAUAACCUUUGCCCAGUUCAUGGCCGUGCACAUAAACAACAUUUCGGUGGUUCUGAUGAACAAUGAUUUUGACCCGGGCUGGUUCAUUCAUGCCACAGCAAAGGAGCUGCAUCUAGAUGGCAGCAUUGUCCAGAACGCCCGAGUUUUGCUCGUCAAUGCGGCUCUGAGCGAAGCGCAAGCCAAAAUGCUAAGGCAUUGCAGUUCCCGUCGCCAGUCGCUGGAGAAUCUCAACAACAUUCGGCCGUGUCUGGGCGAGGUGAGCUUUGACGUGACCCUGGAUGCUUCACUCUUUGCCCAAGGACCACUAUCCAUGGAUACGCUGAGUCUGGUCAUCAACAAUGCCAAAUCCGUGAUACACGGAGGACUUUAUGACUUCCUCAGUGAAGCCAAGGAAAGGACAACACCUGGCCAGCCGUCCAAGCGCCUGCAGGACGCCUUCAAGUCGUCUAAGAGCUCCGCCUACGACAAUGACAACUACGAGAAGCUGGCCCCGAUUAUACCAAAGAACUUUAAUUUUAGCAUCAAAGCGGCCACCUUUUCGGCAGUCAAAGAGAACUCGCAAAACGAUUUCAGCGCCAAACUGCAGUUGUUUCACAUUACGGGAAAAUUCAACUCGAAUGUGAGGGACGCGAAGACAUUGCUGCCAUCUAUGCUGGCCAAGCUGGUGUUCAAGCACUUGGACAUUGAUACCAAAUAUGAGAAGCUUCUGUUCGUCGAGCAGUUCACCAUAGACUCUGUGCUGGAGGAAGAUAUCCUCAAUCUGUAUGUGAAGCUAAAGACAUUCCAAAUUAUCUACAACCACAGCGAGAUCUAUGACUUUGUGAACAACAAUUUCCUUGCCCGCCAGCGUUCCAGCAAUCAGCAGCAGGUGCAUCCCCUGCAGCUAAUGCACAAGCAAAAGUCCCUUCCCCAUCAUCUGUACCUGGACAAGGCAGCGGAAAGUUGCCUGAGAGAGAAGCAGCGCCGCGAGGGCGAGAGCAGUGGCGUUCUCGAGUGGAUUAUGCAGCGAAUUGUUGUCAAAGGCUGUGCUGAGCUGUUCAAUGUGUCGCUGCUAAUGAAGCUGGAGGACGAGCACAUAGCCAUGAGCGUCAGCCACACGCGGUUCCUGCUGGAACAGAUCGAGGAGAAGCGCAGCUCCUUCUAUGGCAAUAAGUUUCUGAAUUUGCUCCUGAACCAACGUCAAUGGAGCAUGGAGCUGAUGGUGGAGACGCUGUGGUCCAAUCUGGGCAACUCAAUUAACGACACGAACAACUUGAAGAAGACCCACUCGCCGGGUUCCCCGUUCUUUCUGGGCGUGAGCCUCGUCAAGCUUUGUUCGUAUGCAAACACCACCAAACUGGACAUUUCGGUUCACACCUUUCGCACGGAGUACAGCAUGCAGCUGGCGGAGUUUGUGGUCAAAUCUGUGGAAUGCCUGCGCCAGUACAGGGGAAUGGAGCCAGGGAAAUCCCCCGAACAGCAGCCCCAGGGAAUUCGUGAGAAUUUGUCUCAUUCCGAGCCAUCAUCUACCUCGUUGCGAGUCUCUGUCAAGAUCAAGGACAUUACCGCCUAUUUUGUGAACCAUCACAAUGUAUACGUGCUUGUCAGUUUCUCGGAAAUCAACCUGACGCGGUCGCAACUCUUCACCACGCUGAAACUGGAGGAAUUCCAGAUGGCCAUAAUGCGCUCCAUGACCGCUUCUUCGUUGUGCCUCACAGACUUCUCGGAUGUAUUUGCCACCUGCAAGAUGAUCCGUCUGGAGCAUGAACAAGUAGCCGGCACGCUGGGCAAUCUGUCCAUUUAUAUACCAGGCAACACUGAGGCCAUGUGGAACUCGAAUCUGCACAUGCACUUGCUCACCUUGGUGCGGGACAUGAAGGAUCUAAAGGCGGAACUAGCCUUGCCAGCGACUGCCUCACAGACUCCGCCGACUUCGCAGUUACCUCAGGGCGGACUUGUGAUUGAGUUAUCCGCAGAGCGUAGCACUAUCUUCGAGCUGAAGCUGUCUGAGCGUCAUUCGGUGCAGUUCUUUGUGGAGGGUCUCUUCUUCAGCCACAAGGAGCGGCACAUCAUCUAUGCGGAGAAUGUUUUUGUCAAGAUCGACGAUCAGCACAUCUUCACGGUGAAGGAACUGGACAUGCAGUCGUUGCCUCGCGUAGAAGCCUUAACUCACGAGCGUCUCAACUUUCCUGGCUUUCAGCUGGCCUCUAACAGGGUGUGGGUCACGACCAUUGGCUCGUUUAAGGCCAUAUUUCCGUAUGACCACGACUUUUACAAUGCCAUCAACAGCGAGUGCGUGUCCCAUUUCAAGUGGCUCAAACUGGUGCAUAACUACAAGAAAAAACCCUUCACCGUGGACUCACCGCUGCCGAGUGAUUUGGUGAUCAAGAUCAAAGAGUUCUUGCUGGAGAUCAGCGACGAUCCGUUCGAGGUGAAGCUGCGCGACAACUACGUCCUGUUGGUCGACGAGUACCUGGAGAGCCUCAAGCGCAAGUCGCUGUUCGAUAAAAAGAUUGCCGAGCUAUGCUCUGAGAGGCUGCUCGUUCCCGCUGGCACCAUCGAAAGCCUCUAUGCGAACCUGGUAAAAAAGAACUCUGAAAUUUAUAUCCAGCGCUCGAAGAAGAUCCGGGAGAGUGGUCCCGUGCGCACCCGCCUGCUGGCCUGGAUAAUGACAGACGUGGAGAUCAUGGCCAUGGCAGACACCUCCAUACAUGGCUACGACAAUGUAACACGCACCAUGCGCGAAAUCGACCACGAGAGCCCCUGGCCAGAGGAGGGACUGGAGUUCAGCACGCUCUGGUGUCGUGGCGUUAACAUAAGCUGCUCAGAAUGGAAGUUCAUGCUGAGGGACUUUCCGCAGCCAAUGUUCUACGUCAAGAGCAUGCGUCUCUACGGAAAUUUGUGUGGAGCCGAGCAAAUGGGUUCGAAGCGGGCCAAACGCGAUGUCCAUAUUGAGGUGGGAGAUCCCUUUGGGACGAAUGUGAUUCAACGCAGCAUGCCCUCGCUGAAGUUCUAUCACGACUUUGACUGCGAGCUGGAGAGCUGCAGCUAUGCCUUCGGGGCCUGCUGGGAGCCCGUGAUGGCGCAGUGCAAUCUGAGCUUUGAGAAGAUCUCGGCUCCCUCGAAGGACCCCUCUCCACCGUUGCCGUUCUGGGAUAAGUUGCGCCUUCUGCUGCACGGUCGCUUGACUUUGAUUGCCAAGCAAUUUACCAUUCUGCUGCAUGCCUCGCUAGAUCCCUACAACACAACGGAGGAAAUGGAGCUGACUUGGAACAAUUGUGGCAUAGUCUUGACGAAUGCAAAGAUUAUGUUCAAGGGAGAACUGAAUGUCACGGUACGAACAGCCUCCCGUUAUGACGAUUGCCGCCUGCUUCAUUUCCCCAACCUAAAGCUGACGGUGAAGCUGAACUGGGUCUGCCUGGCCAAUCCGAAUGACCACCAUGCUGUGAUGCCCUGUGCCCCGGACAAGUUGCCCGAGUACUCGAGCAACCAGGUGCACGAUUCGUUCCGUGCCUUUCGAUCGCUGAAUCUAAACAUCUGGAUAUCGUUUGAGACCAAGCCAAAGGCCGGCGAUGAUGUGGAGAUCGAUAUUCCGAGUCUGGUGCUUUACGGCAGCACCCUGCGUUGGUUCGAGAGCCUCCAGCUAAUUCUUUCCGGCGUGACACGGCCCACGCGACGCGGUCCUGUGUUCAACAAUGUCAGACCGAAGAAAAAGCCACUGAGUCGCCACUACAAGAAGGCCAAUCUGCAGAUGUGUCUGCAUAAAUUUCAGGUGCUCUACUGGAUGUCCCAUGCCCUGCACAAGGGCUUCCAGUUGAACGGCAGACGGGUCUCAUUCAGCUCCGAAUACUGCCUGACACUGAACCCCAUUGACGAUGGUCUGAUCCACAGACCGCGUGCGGACUGGUCCACGGUCUACAUGAAUUGCGAACUGAACGAUGCGGAGAUCUGGCUGAAGAGCAUUGUAACCGAGAAGAUGGACAGCAGCUCAGAGAACCUGGCCACUGCUGCGGACGCCUUCAAAAUAGUUCGCUUCUACUUCCUGAGCGUGGCGAAGGUGUCGUAUGGACGCGAGGCCCUGAUGCCCAUCACGGCUACCACUUCGGAUGAAGAUGUGAAGGCAAAGUCUACGACACCCACCCACAAGCUGGUUGUGUACGACCUAAAGGGCGCUUGGACCAAGAGUAAUCGGGACGUGGCCUUUGCACUGUUCGACUCCUUCAUGAAGUCGCAGAAGCUGAAGAACAAUCUCUCUACCGAAGCGGUAAAGAGCUACCGAAAGGAGGGCGGAAACUCGGCCAUGAUGAAGCACAAACGAAGCGACAGCACUAUCACGCUGUCCAACACGAGCGCCGAGGUACUGCCAAUUGCCAAUGCAAAUACAUCGCUGAAGAAGCCACCAGCCCAGAUCCAUGCCACGGCUAUGCUUCAGCAACUUAUUGCUGAGGCAGACCACAAGUUCAACGUUUACAGUGACGAUCACAGCACGCAGUCCAGGGAACUGCAACUGCAGGGGCUGCAGGCGUGCGCCUCGCAGGACGUGAUACACGAGAACUGGUCAAUUAGCUUGGUCAACUCCCAGGUGCUGCUGAAGGGCUGCGAGACCUCAGGCUAUGUGAUCAUCAGCGCCGCCAAGGCGGAGAUACUGCAGCGAGAGCAUCGGCCUGUCUGGCGGGAUCGAUCGCUGAUCUCUAAGACCACGUGGAAGGGCCUGCUGGAGUGCAUGCAGUACUAUGCGACAGUCAGUGCGGGAGACAACAACUCCCUGCUAGAAAAGGAGAUUAUGUGGCUGACGGUGGACAACAUACAGGACAAGGACGAAACCGUGAUCAACAAUUUGCCGGAGGAUAUCUCCCAUUUGGUGGGCAGCGGUCGUAGCGUGGGCGGAGUGGUCUCCGAAACAGUCGGUGCCUUCCUGAGCGACAAUUCAGGCGAGGCUCAGCCCGUGCAGCUGCAAAGGAUCGUGUCCAAGUGCAAAUGCGAGUUCUUCUACGUGAGCUAUGGAGAUGCCAUCGACCCCAACAGCAUCACAGAGGUGCCGCCGCCACCAUCGGAGGAGCUGUUGUCGCCCUGGGAGAAACAGGACGAUCCUGUGGACGCGUUUACUUUGAUGCAUCACGACCUGGAUGUCUGCACCAACUCGCUGCAGUAUGCCAUGAUCCUGGAUAUUGUCAACAAUCUGCUGUUGUACGUGGAGCCGCAGCGCAAGCAGGCAGCCGAAAAGCUGACCAGAAUGCGCUUCCAGCUGCAGCUGCACUCCACGGAGGACCAGAAGCGGCCCAUUCAGCAAAAGCAGACGGUGAUCAGGAGUUUGCUGAUGAAGAUCCGCUCGCUGGAGAAGGACAUACACAUGAUCAGCAAGGAGCGCAUCGAGGAGGGUGACACCCUGGAGCUCCGACUGGACUUUGACCGCGUCCAGCAGCAGAUACGCGAGAGCAAAGAGGAGCUCAACACGUACAGUGAGGACCUCGACAUGAUGCUGCUGUGCUACAAGGAGACGCAGCUAUCGCAGCUCAGCAAGAUCUCGAAUGUGCGGGCCGACGAGUCCGUGACCAUGGUGCGCGCCAACGAAAUCUGCUUCAAGCGCGCCCAGUGGCGGCUCACAGAGACCGAUGGUCAGAUUGGCAUAGCCGAUCUGGUGCUGAGUGCAUUUCUCUACACGAAGAAGUCGAAGAGCGACGAUUCGGUGGAGCACCUGCUCGAGCUUGGAAACAUACGCAUGGAGAACCUCUUGCCCCGUGAGAUUUAUCGGGAUGUUUUGCUGGCUACUGAAAUACAGAAGGACAUGCCCGUAGACACCCACAAGCGGGUGCUACGAAUCUUCUGCCGGGAGAAGGCUCCCGUCGGCGGCAUCUCUGUGAAGGAGCACUUUGAGAUUAACGUGGCGCCGAUUACCAUAGCCAUCACUAAGAAGUUCUACAGCACGAUGCUGAAGUUCUGCUUCCCAGAUCGCGAUGCGUCCGAAACGGAGGUCAUCGAUGAACUAGACGACAACGCCUCCACAAGUUCGGCAUCCACAACGAAUUUACAAACAAAGUCUUCGUCGUCGUCUGCGUCCUCGAAGCGCUCGGGAAAGAGCAAGAAGAGCGUCAAGGAUUCCGAGUUCUAUGUGAAAAUAGAGAAGGACGACGUGGAGAAGAUGAAGGAGCGCGCCGAGAAGAACAAACUCUUCAUCUACAUCAAGAUACCUGAGGUGCCGGUCCGUGUCAGCUACAAGGGAAAUAAAGAGAAGAAUCUGGAGGACAUCACAGACUAUUCCCUGGUGAUACCCACUCUCGAGUACCAUAAUGUGACCUGGACCUGGCUGGACCUCUUGCUGGCGAUGAAGUCAGUCAGCAGACGUGUGAUCUUUUCGCAGGCCAUCAAACAGAAGCUGCACAUCCACCAACGUCAGCCGAUUCUAUCGGCCGGCGAGCGGGCCACCCCGCAGGAGGCCGAGGACAAGGCUAAAAUGCUAUUUGGCAAUCGCCUGCUGAACGAGAGCCGAAAUCAAAAGAAGAGCGGCGGCGUCUUUAAAUUUUCAUCAAGCGGAAAGUAAUGCCAAGGAAUUUGACACCCGGUGUAGUUCCUAUAUCGUUGGAAUAUAGUUGAAAUUUAUUGUAAUGUACGUUCAAAGGAUGUACUGAAAAAUCAAUCCAACCAUAGAACAAGAAUGUCGAGUGCGUCUUGGCCCAUUAACAGAUUAAAAUAUACAUUAUACAUUACAGUCACGCUCUCAGACAUACACAGACACUCAAGUAUUAUGCUAUGUAAAUCUAUGAAUA